UCUCCUCGACGCACCACUUCACAUUAUUUCGGACUGGAUACGACGAGCAGCUUUUACGAGAACAUGGCUCUCCUGCACACAACCUUCCUACCGCUGUUUCUCUACAUCUGCCUCCUCAACUGGAGCGCGUGGGCCAAGGUGGAGGUGACUACGGAUGAGAGUGUUGAGGCGUACCUGGGCGACUCGGCCCAGAUCCCCUGCCAGUACAGCUUCACCGAUGCCGACAACGAGCCCCGCUUUGUCAUGAUCCAGUGGUUUGUGAGAGUCGCAGGUAGAAGCUCACGGUUGCGGAUCUUCUACGGCGAUGACAGCCAGCAGAUGGUGGACAACAACACGGACUACAGCGGUCGCAUCGAGGUGACUUCAGACCAGCAGGGAACGCGGCUCUCCAUCCAAGACGUCCAGCUCUUCGACGAGAGAGAAUUCUUCUGCCAGAUCAACGGGCUGGCUGCCGGGAACGCCGAGGGCAAGACCCACCUCAGAGUGUUCGCUCCUCCAGAGGCUCCAGUGAUCGAGGGCGUCUCUACUGGGAUAUCUGUGACCAAUGAGGUGCCGUCUAAGAUUGCAUCAUGUGAGGCUAGAAACGGCUUCCCUAAACCCAACAUCACCUGGUACAGGAACAGCAUGCCCCUGAUGUCUGCACCCGGACAUGUGAACGUGUUGAUCCUGGUGACCCGGGAGUCCAGUAGCUUCUACUCCGUGCAGUCCACACUGGAGUACAAGCUGGUUAGGGAGGACAAAGACGCCCACUUCUCCUGUGAGGUCAGCUUCUUUGUCCCGGGAGCGAUCAGGACGGUGGAGUCCAACAGCAUCAACAUCUCUGUUCACUACCCCACCACCAUGGUGGAGCUGUGGAAGGAGUCGCCUCAGGGUUUGGUCAAAGAGGGGGAUACUGUGGAGCUGCGUUGCCAGGGUGAUGGCAACCCCCCGCAGCCCUUCAUUUUCAACAGAGAACAAGAGCUGGAUAUAGACUUGGAGAGCAAUCACGGUGAUGUGUUGAUGCUGUCACCAGUGUCACGGAGAGACAGCGACAUCUACCAGUGUCGCCCUUUGGACAACGACGGCUACACGGAGGUCAAAGGAGAAAUGCAGCUCACUGUGCACUACUUGGACCCAGCUGUGGUGGUACCCAAAGACUCAGAGGUCAUGCUCAAAGGAGAAGAUCUGACUGCAACCUGCAACGCUCUGUCCUCCCUGAAAACAUCCACUGUCUGGUACAAGGAUGGGAAGCAGGUGGGUAAGGGGAACACACUGCACCUAAUGGACGCCACCUAUGAAACAACAGGAGAGUACAUAUGUGAGGUGACCGUUCCCUCCCUGCCCGCCCUGCACACCAGCGGCUCUGUUCACAUCAUCGUCCAAGGUGGUCCCCAGCUGGUGGGAGUGGAGCAGGAGGUGCAGCUGGAGGAGGCAACAGGCAGGAUGGUGAACCUGAGCUGUGAGGCUCAGGGCCAUCCGCUGCCCAGCAUCUCCUGGAACAUCAUCGGCAGCCAGAACUGGCACGAGGUCGAGAGCAAAGCAAACGAGCACAUGACCCACAGCGUGGUGUCCGUCAAAGUCACCUCGGACAUCAGCGCUCUGUGCAACGCUUCCAAUGACAUGGGCACUGAAGUGAAGGCGUUCAGCGUCAAAGCCAUUCCCAGAGUCACGUCUGCAGCUCCCUUCUCUCCUGCUGAGGGCAGUGGAAUGAUCAUCGUGGUGAUAAUUCUGUGUCUGCUGCUGCUGGCCAUCCUCGGCAGCGUUCUCUACUUUCUGCAUAAGAAGGGGAAGAUCCCCUGCGGACGCUCGGGGAAACAGGAGAUCAGCACCAAAGAGAAGACCACCAAAGAUGACAUUGUCGUGGAGAUGAAGACCACCACAAAGAACGAGGACUCUGUCCUCCUAAAGGCCGUCAACGGAGACCAAAAGAGCCCUAAUGACCAGGUGUAACACUGAUGUCCUCCUCUGUCCCUCCAGUAAAGUCCCUGACGGUGCAGCAGCGAUGUGAAGCAGGACGCAGCACAUGAAGCCAGCAGUCAGUCAGUGUGUGUGUGUGUGUGUGUGUGUGUGUGACACACUGAUCUGAGACAUGCAGGGUAACACCACCUCACAGUCCGGACAUUCCCCCCAUCAUGCUUUGUUUUCAGCAGUGUUCAGUAGAUUUAAACAGGAGAACACACACACACACACACACACGUAUGUACAGAUGUUUCCUUUGAGGGAGUGUUCGCUUCCCUCACGUUCAGUUUCUCCAUUUGUUUUGUACCAUUUCCUCAAACGGCGCUCGGCUGUUGUUCAGUGUGUGUACGAUGGUGUCUCAUGUGCAUCAUCAACCUUUUUGUUUUUGUUUUCUAUGAAAGUGUAUAUAUUAAAUAUAUUUUGUUAUUUAAGAUAUUUUGGCACUCAGAUUUUCAUUUCAUGUUGGCGUCUGGGUCAUGUGCAUGUUGAUCCGUGCUCAUGGAGUCCAGGUGAGCUUUAGGGCGGGACACGCUCUUUACUGUUGGUUCAGUCCCACUGAGAGAAGUCUUCACACCAAUAGACUUACCGAAGCACGAGGAACAUUGAGGCGUUUCCUCCAGAUUUGACGUCUUGUUUGGGUUUAAGAAGGAGACACGCAGGAUGUUCAUAACGCUGGUAAUAAUCAGACACACUGGCAGCCUUCUUUUGCAAACUGCUGUCAAGCUCUUGUACUGUUUGUAAAUACUUGGUAGUGUACAGACCUGCUAGUGGAGGCCUUGGACUGUUACUGAAGGUGAAAAGGUCAAAGGUUAGUGAUCUGCUGUGCCUGUUUGUGAGAAUGCAUCAUACACUGAAUGUUUCUUUGGUUUCCGUGUGUUUUCUUUGUGUUUCCACUGAGAGCUCGUUGGGCCUGAAGACGUUCCAGUGUUUGUGUUUCGAGACGUUUACUGCGGACGACGCGUAAGGAGCCGAAUGUUUCUGUACAGUUUGAACUUAGAUGAUCCAUCACAGGGGACUUCAAAGUUACAGUAUCAUUCACAUACAUGGUGCAGGUUUUACAGCAAGUCUGCAAUACUCAUGAAUGAACUCCUGCUUCAAGGGUACGCUGUGGAAGGUAAAACACAUUUAAUAUCCACCUGACGUGUAUUAUCACGACAUUAAGUCACAGAGCCGAGCAUCGUUUCAUUUGUGGGGGAAAUUAAAAUCCCUGACGAGCUUUUAAAAACCCAGAAAGUUGAUUAUUAACACUUAUUGUUGUUCUAUAGAAUCGUAAAGUCUCCUGUGUCCACAGGAUAAUCCCAUCUUCUGAUAUUGUAAUUAUGAUUCACGUUUAUUUUCUCCAUUAUUCUCCAUUUGUACAAAACAAGUAAGGUGAAGUCAUUUGGAAAAUGGGUCUAAAAACCUUUUAUAUUGUGCAACAGUGUUUUUAAAUGAUCGUCAGGGAUUUAUUCUUCAUGCACAUGGACGAGCUGCUCUACAGGUAACAGGUCUGCGUGUCUGAUGUUUGGUAAACCUUGUGAAACAUGCAGCACUGGCUCCUUCAGGUCCGUGUUGUGAAUAUGAUGUUUGCUCACUGUGUAGGUUAUUGUGUAAAGAGACUUUGUGUUGCUGCGAGCGCUACGUUUUGCCCUCGAUGACUUGCAUUAACAAAGUAGUGAUAUGUUUGUGUUUUUCCCACUGAGUUGAGGUGUUUAAGUUGUAAAAAAAAAAAAAAAUAUCCAGGUACAGGACGUCCUCAGGUGUGAUCGUCACACUCAUGUUUAGAGAAGCUGCACAAAGCCAUAACACCAAGCGUUUCUGAUCUGCACCUCGUCUUCUCAGUUUAACUUUAAAUAUGACUUUGUGUUUUAUUGUUCUGGAUUUUUCCCCAGUGAGAAAACUAUGUUCUUAUUUUUGUUUCUAAAUGUGUGUAAAUUAAGUGCUGUACAUGUGAUUCUUUGAUGCUUGCGGUUUUUUUUAUAUUUUUUUUGCAAGAAAAUAAUGCCAAAUAAAAAUGUUUCAUUUAAAGAGA